GUGUGUCCCACUCCAUCAUAAAGCAGCACGGACACUGCUUGGUCCUCAUCCAGCUACCACUGAAACAUGGCCCCCAAGAAAGCUAAGAAGAGAGCAGAAGGAGCCAGCUCCAAUGUGUUCUCCAUGUUUGAACAGGCCCAGAUUCAGGAGUUCAAAGAAGCUUUUACUAUCAUGGACCAAAACAGAGAUGGUUUCAUUGACAAGAAUGACUUGAGAGACACUUUUGCAGCUUUAGGGCGUUUAAAUGUCAAGCAAGAAGAGAUUGAUGACAUGCUGAAGGAGGCUCCAGGACCAAUUAAUUUCACAGUCUUUCUCACCAUGUUUGGAGAGAAACUAAAAGGCGCUGAUCCGGAAGAGACCAUCUUGAAUGCUUUCAAAGUCUUUGAUCCUGAGGGAAAAGGAACGUUAAAGAAAGACUUUGUGACCGAGAUGUUGACAACCCAGGCAGACAGGUUCUCCCCUGAAGAGAUGGAGCAGAUGUUUACAGCUUUCCCACCAGAUGUAGCAGGAAACCUAGACUACAAGAACCUGGUCUACGUCAUCACACAUGGUGAAGAGAAAGACCAAGAAUAGAUUUGCUAUUCUUGAGACUGCCCUCUGGAAAUUUAAACCAAUGAGUCAUGUUUAUGCUGAGAUAUGUGCAUAAUCAUACAGCAGAAAUAUACACCUCAAAAUACCAAUUUCACAUCAAAGCUUCAUUUUUAUGACAUAAUUGUGUAUUACUGCAUAGCAAGUAUGAAUUUCAUUGUUCUAGUAUGUAUAGGUAUGUCUGCUGUUACAUCAUGUACAUGUAAUCUCUUAGUAUGAAGCAAGUGAAAUUAAAGCUGUAUGUGACCACA